UGGAAGAGGUUCUAUGAGAAGCAGUAUGGUGCUAAGAACUUGAGUUUUGUCAUGGAGAAGAUGGAGCGGAGUAAAGUCAGUUUUAAGUGGAGAGAGUUAUAUGAGGCAAAAUUGAAAGUUGUGGAAGAAGAUGAGAAGGAAGCUGUUGAUCGGCUUAAGCAACGUUACAAGAAUGAAGAUGCAAGGAAACAAAGUCGUCAAACUAAGCUCUGCGCAAAAACUCCUCCAAUGAAAAAACCUUUCUGGGUUCUCUUCCAAAGAGAACCGGCUUAUCUGCAAACCUGCCUUCAACUUCAAGAAGCAACUCUUGUGGCGAACAAGUGA